AUGCCAGAGGGAUAUGCACCAAGCAUAGGAGCUGGCCUCAGUCUUCUCAAUCUCUUUGGUCUUCGCCCGACCGCCGCAAGUAUUUGUGGUGCAAUCAUCAUUAUUUUCAUCGUCGCGCUUCUCUUCCUUCGCUUUCGGUAUCCUUGUUGUUCCCCUUCAUCCCUCAUGAAAGUCGUAGAGCAAGCCUCAACAACGUUCGACAAGUGCGUGGACACGCGUGCAUUUGCCCAGGGGGAAUACGAUCAAUUCAAAUCGUCACUUCAACGCGUUACCGCCCGCGCCACGGAGAUCGCGUCUAGGUCACAGCCCACCGUGGAUCCUGUCGGAAGGGGUUUGUUCUUGUGGACAAGACUGAAAGACACCGUUGAUUGUUACCGCGACACUCAAUCGCUUAUAGACGACUUGGAGGUGAAGCCAGGAUUCGUUCUUCCGACCUCAGUCUGA